AAUCAAAUAUUUACUCUAAAUUAAACAAGGAACUCGAAAUUGCAGUCGGUUUAAGCAUUGUUCUUCUGUUUUAUUGAACUUAAAUUGAACUGUGGUUGAUUUUGUGAGAUCUAGCUUGCUUUAUUUUUGAGGAAGUUAAAAUGAAGAUGCUCAGUUACUUUUUUACCUAAUUGGUAACUAUCAUUGUUCACAAUAACAAAAUGGUACACGGUCAGUUUUUAUUUCUGUGGCUGCCCUACACUACUACUAAGUUUAAUAUGUACAAUGUGCACGAUUGUAAUAUAUCAGUGUUGACUUUACAUCCGGGUAAGAUGGUCUUAUAAAAGACUAUUGUUUUGUUCACUUGUGUUGCUAGUACUUGUAGUUUGUAUGUUCAUAAUGAGACAAUAAUGCUUUUACUUAAGGAUUUUAGAUUUAAGCACUUAAGUCACGUAUUUGAUUUUAUUGCUUCAUGGUAUUCAACAGAGGACUAAAGGGAAGUCCCCACCCUUUUUUUAUUUUCUGUAUGGUGACCAUAUCGGGUGGGAAAUGUGCAGCAUUAUGGUUGCCAUUGCGGUGACUAACUAAAUGGCAAAUACUUCUGGUCUUCUAUUUAGUUUAGCUUCAUGGUGAAUGGUUGCCUCUGUACUGAAACCAUCAAUGAAAGGCUUUCAGGCCUGCGUUGUGAACAGAAAGAUGAGAGACAGGCUGGUUGAACUGGGAGGGGUUGCCACCAAAGACCACAAAGAGGAAGACCAAGUAGAUAGCGGAGAAGAUGUGGACAGUGGUGAAUUUGAACAGCAUGCGGUGGUGUUUGAGGGGGAGGACAUCAUGGAGGAUGCUUUCAGAGAAGCCCAAUCCAUCCAGAAAGAAAUCGCCCAACUCCGGAUGGAGGUGAAGAGGCUGGGCAAGCAGAACACACGCUUUCUCACCUCCGUCAGACGCUUUAGCAGCAUCAAACGCGACUCCAACACGAUCGCACGCAACAUCAAAACCAAAGGGGAGAACCUGUAUGCUCGGAUACAGAAGAUGGAUGCACUUUGUAAAGAGUUGGAGGAGAGACACGGAGCCCAUUCAGCUUUGGUGCGCAUGAUACGCGGCCAGUUCAUCUCUGUAACGGGUUCUUUUCACGAGGCCAUGAAUGAGUACAACAGCGCUGAAAUGGCACAGAGGGACAACUGCAAGACUCGCAUCCAAAGGCAAGCGGAGAUCAUGGGUAAAGAAGUGACUGGAGAUCAAAUCGAAGAAAUGAUCGAGACGGGCAAGUGGAAUGUCUUCUCCGACGACUUGCUCACAGACGGGCGAACCGCUCGCUCAGCGCUCACUGAGAUUGAGAAUCGCCAUAAGGAGCUUUUGGAGUUGGAGAGUCGUAUCAGAGACAUCCAUGAUCUAUUUUUCCAGCUGGCCUUGUUGGUGGAGGAACAAGGGCUCAUGGUGGACAACAUUGAGGCCAAUGUGUACGCCACCCAAGACUUUGUGGCCAAAGCCACUACUCAGAUAAAGAAGGCUGUCAAAUACAAGAAGAAAAACCCUUGUCGACAGCUCUUCUGCUGCUGUUUUCCAUGUUGCAAUAAAUGAUCUCGGUGUUACCGCCUUACCAUUUCGCAUAAGCCAUAGCAUAUGGCUAGUCUUGCAAGCUAGUGUUAACCAUGUCAUGUGAUUCGCUCUGAAGAGACCAACCGAUGCCCAGUGCCUGCGCUUGAUGGUUGUCAUUGUGAAAAACUUUGUUUUCUCUUGUAAACCACAGGAGCUGCAAUGCAAAUGAGCUAAAGUGAUACUGUAAACUUCACAGGACAUUCACUUGAUGUGUACAAGAUAUUAAAAGGGGAAACCACAAGUAAAAAGCGUUUUACGCCCAUGUACAGUGCAUGAGCAAAUAUUAUACAGAAACAUGUUUUACUGAUGAAUCUUCUGCUUUAUUUUAAGGUACGUUUGUGUAUGUAUGGUUUGUUGCAUUAAUUUAAUAAAUAUUUUUAUCUUUUAA